AUGUCCUCAGGCUCUGCGCUGAUCGGUUUUACACUGAGGCGGCUGUCUGCCUGCGCGACGAUAAGGACACCCCUGCUCGGAGUUGAUAUCGUGCGCCUGGCGGCGCUACUGGUGACUGCAGGCGUGAUAACUAUGUGGCUAUGGUUUUGUGGACAGUGUUCUGCGUCAUGCACACUCUUCCUCCUUUUGGCGGCCUAUCGUCUGUGGGAGGAAGGCUACUUGCCCGUGUGGCAGCCUGCUCCCGCAUUGCCACUGCCACCGCCGACGACGACGAAGGCACGCACGUGCGAGGGGAACUCGGCGCACGCCAGCGAAGUCCGGCGCGCGCUCUUGCAGUUCCGGCGCGAGUCUGCGGUCCCUCUCGUGGACAUCCAGGCGAAACGCCCUCGGAGUCCCCGACUCCCCGCCUCCACGUGCACAGCACCUGCACAUAGAACCCGCGCUAAGCGCGUACGUGACCGGUGUGCCGAUUCUAGCACCUUUCGUUUGCAAGCGGACACCGCACCUCGAGCAGCAGCAGCUCGCUCCGUGCACGUGCAGCCUUGCUUCGGCGUCCAGCUAUUAUGCAUUCCCCCCUCAUUCAGCGACUCGGCAUGCAAGGCCACACUCUCGAACGUCCGCGCGAGUGCACAGCCGUUUAUAUACAGACACUAG